AUGGUCAUCACGUCUGUUGUCACCGAAGAGGCAACCUGCCUAGAGCCUCAGAAAAUCCACUUCACUCUCCCACAUGCUCAAGCUACAAGCGGCCGCGUAGUCCCCAUAGCGCAUGCGAAAUCCAGCAAAGUCGACUUUGGCGCCGAGAUCUAUGGCAUUGAUCUCAACAACUUCACUGAUGCGGACUUCGAGCUCAUUUCAGAUGCGCUGCACGAGUACAAGCUUCUUGUCUUCAAGGAGCAGCCAGAGAUGCUGAAGUCGCAGCAGCAGUACAAGUUGACUUCAAAUUUUGACCCUGAUGAGAAGACUGGGGGUUUUGCGCACGGCAAAGAUCCCUUUCUCGUCCACCACAACGGCGUUGACUUCUUCGGCAUCCCGAAACGCCCCGCGAUUCCCGACCAACCCCAAGUGCAUAUCCUCGGUCGCGGACCAUUGCCUGACAACCACUACGGCUUUCCUCCUGGCUUUGAGGUCCAGGGGAUAGACCAUGAAGAAUUUCACCUUCCGCCGCAUAUCCCUGCAGAUGAACGUGAAGCUGGCGCCUCUCGAUUCUAUCAGUGGCACUUUGACGGGGCUCUCUAUGCGAUUCCCCCGCCUCGAGUAGGCUGCCUACUAGCGGUUCGGACGCCCAAAGGUCCGGAUGUCACUGUCCGGUGGGAGGAUGGCAGCGGGACCGAGAUGAAAAUGGCUCCCGGCGCUACGGCCAUGGUGGCUGGCAGCAGAGCCCUGGCCCUUCUCGACGAGGAGACUCGCAAGAUUGUCAUGAACAGUCGAAUCGAGUACGCCCCUCAUGCAUUCGUCUGGAUGUCAGGCGCUCACAGCACACGUCUCGGGCACCUAAUCGAGACGGAGGGCCUUGAGAAGCCGCUGGGCCAGCUCCCGAAGUGGAACAAGGAGAAGGUUUGUAUUUAUCCGAUGGUUUGGACAAACCCCAAAACGGGCGAGCAGUCGCUCCAGGUCCAUGGGCAGGGUGCCUUCAAGUUGUACUUGAAAGAUAGUCCCGAUGGCAAGGAGACGAUUGUGGAUGAUUUGACAGAGGUCAGGGCGUUUAUGGACAAGUGA